GGGACAGAUGAGCAGUUUUCUUCUCUCAACAGCUAACCAACAGGAGAUUACAGCAUUGGACAACAAGAUUCAUGAGACAAUUGAAUCCAUAAAUCAGUUAAAAAUACAACGUGAUUUCAUGCUGAGUUUCUCCAAAGAUCCCAAAGGAUACAUCCAAGACCUUCUCCGGUCCCAAAGUAGGGAUCUUAAGGUGAUGACUGAUGUAGUUGGAAACCCAGAGGAAGAACGCAGAGCUGAAUUUUAUCAUGAGCCGUGGUCUCAAGAGGCCGUGAGCAGAUAUUUCUACUGCAAGAUCCAGCAGCGCCGGCAGGAACUGGAACAAUCUCUGGGAGUGCGCAACACAUAAGUACUGCUUACAAGAUCCUGUUGGCAUCACGACCACCAAACCAGUGGACUUUUCAGUGUUACUUAGCUCACUGUUACACAUGGACCUGCUUCCUGACUGGAUGAAAAUGCACCAUCAACACACCAGUCAGAACACCAGCUUUAGAGUGACCCUUGAAAAUAUUGCCCAUGGGGGGAUGUCUCAAACCAUUCCAGGCCAGAGACAGCGCCAUACAAGUGUCAGUGUUAAAGAAGAUUAAAGGUUCAUUCAUCAACAUGCAUCAUUAAGUUUUAGUGGAAAGUUCAGACACUAAACAGCAAAUCCUAAUGGGCUAUGCAUAGAAUCAUGGGUGGUAUUGAUGGGGGAGGUUGUGAUAGGUGUUAUAGGAGACUACAGAUUUAGAGAAAUAAAUGCAGUUCUCAUCCUAUGUUACCUAAGAAUCUCGAAUAGUAACUUCUCUGCAAUU